CGUUGGAGAAAAUAUUACCGAUAGAAGAAUAUCAUCUCUAGUUAAAUACUAAAUUCUACGUGUCUUAUAAAUUUGUUGCUGCACAAAUCUGUAUCAUUAAAUUAAAUUAAAUACACAAUGACUGGAAUUAAAGGAAUAGUUGAAAAAUACUACAAUGACUACGUCGAAAAUACUCCUCGCAAAUUAAAGUUGGUGGACACAUAUUUGGCAUACGUACUCCUAACCGGCGUUAUUCAGUUCGCCUAUUGUUGUUUAGUCGGUACAUUCCCCUUCAACUCGUUCCUGUCCGGUUUUAUAAGUACUGUAAGCUGCUUCGUACUGGGCGUUUGUUUGCGACUUCAGGCAAAUCCGCUAAAUAAAGCGAUAUUUGCAGGUAUAUCACCGGAGCGUGGUUUUGCCGAUUUUAUAUUUGCUCACGUUAUUCUACAUUUAGUAGUUAUGAAUUUUAUUGGAUAAAAAUGUAAUGGAUAUGUUACUGCAAUAAUAUAAAUAAAACAUCAAUUUAACAACCGAAGAUAACA